CUCAGAGGUAACUUUCUGCUGCGACAGAAGCCAACCGGUCUUAUGACUUUCUGUUAAAAUGAUAUGAAAACUGAAACAGUCAGUGAGAGCGGCUCACUUCUGCACUGUGAUUUACUUCCUGUUCACUCUUUGUUCAUUUCUUCACAAACACUUCCCCCUCUGCACACCCUGACACACAAACACAUCAGUGCACUGUAUGUUUUCAAACUUCCUGCUGGAAAGACACAGUUAUUUAAAGCAGCUGUGAGGACUUUUAGCUUAUGAAACAAGACACAGCAGCCUCUACGAUCAAUCAGCUGUUUGAAGAACCACUGAAAGACUCUGAAGACUCAACUGAGGUGACCUGAUGGAUCCAGACGAGCCCCCCAGUUGUUCCAGUCUGACCACUCAGCAGCUGCAGCAGUCCUGGAGGGCACUGAAGCGGAGAGAGCGUCCAGUCAGACUGCUGUUUGAGAUCCCGUCAAGUCGAAUCAUCGAGAGAAACACUCUGAACAAACAUGUGGUGUACGAGGUCGUGGUGAUGCGUUCAGGCAGCUUUGAUUCCAAACGUGUGUCGGUGGAGCGUCGAUACAGCGACUUUUCCCACCUCCACCAGAAACUGCUGGAGGAGUUCCAUGAGGAGCUGGAGGAGGUCAUUCUCCCCCGGAAACUCCUGACGGGCAACUUUAACCCUGACAUCAUCUCAGAGCGCCGCCUGGCUCUGCAGGACUACCUGGCUAAGCUGUACGCCGUCCGCUGCGUCCGACACUCCCUUCUGUUUGCCACUUUCUUCACGGAGCAGGAGCAGAGACGGGCGCACAGUUUGCUGCGAGCUGGUCAGUUUGAGCCCGCCAUGGAGCUGCUUCAGACCGUCUUACAGAUCCAGGAGAAGCUGCUGCCGUGGCAGAGACCCACCCUGAUAGUACCGUCCCUGUCCGCCCUCGCCGUCUGUUACCGGGACCUGGAGGAGCCCGAGCAGGCGUUCUCUGUGGCUCAGAGAGCUCUGCCUGCGGUCAGACGGUACGGACUGAAAGACUACAGAGCCGCCGUGCUGCAGCUGCUGCUGGACGUGGGCUACCAGCUGGGACGUCCUGUGGCCACGUUUCAGGAGGAGCUGACAGUGCUGAGGGACGCUGAGCGGGGGGAGGUGUCCUCGCGCUCGCUGAAGGAAAUUGUAGUCCAGGAGUUCAUAUGAGGCUGAGAAAGGACUACAAUAACCAGCAGGACUACAAACACCAGCAGUACUACAAUAACCAAUAACAAUACUACAAUAAUACUACAAUAACCACCAGGACUACAAUAACCAGCAGGACUACAAAUACCAGCAGUACUACAAUAACCAGCAGGACUACAAUAACCAGCAGGACUACAAACACCAGCAGUACUACAAUAACCAGCAGGACUACAAUAACCAACAGGACUACAAAGGUUCCUAUCUGUCAGUUGAUUUAUUCCCUCAGUAAACAUUUUCCUAUUAA